UAAUUAUUUAUUUUGCAGCUGUGGCAACCUUAGUAAUUCCUGAAUCCAAAUCCCCAUUUGUGUAGAUUUGUAAAGAAAAGAAUGUUUUAGGAGUGUUAGUUGGCUCUAUGUUACCCGCGCAUUUUUGUUUUUGGUUAUAGUUGAAUAAAUAUGUCUGACGAAAAUCCAGGAAGAGCUAGAGGUAGGGCAAGAGGAAGGGCUCGUGGUCAAACUCAAGAUCAGUCUCGAAGGCCUGGUCAGGAACAACCACCAGCUGCAGCAGCACCUGUUGGAGCACCUCCUAGUGCUGUCCAUCCUGGUGGAAAUGGUGGUGGAAGAAAAACACACAGAGGUGUUCCACGUACUGAUCCUGUACCACCUGCUCAACCAGAAGCAGUUUCUCAGGGACAGGUCCCUCAGCUGUCUCAGGCUAUGUCUGGUUUAGCCUUGUUAGAUUCUGGUGGAAGAGGACGAAGCAGGAUGAUGCGGGAUGAAUAUGGUGAUGAUAAUACCAGACCAGAUCACGUUAAGGACAAGAGAGGCACUUCUGGAUUUGCAAUUCCUCUUGUUGCUAAUUUUUUUGAGCUUUUGCAACGACCACAGUGGUGUGUUUAUCAGUAUCAUGUGGAUUUCUCUCCUAUUGUUGAAAGUCCCAGAAUGAGAAGGAUUUUUAUGAAUGAGAAUCGAACCAAUAUUGGUGGUGCUUACCUAUUUGAUGGCAUGUCAGACUUGAAAACAGUUAGAAAAUUGCCCGACCAGACUCUCGAGUUCUUUGCAACUCGCAGAUCAGAUGAUGAGAAGAUCAGAAUUACGCUGAAACUUGUGGCUGAGUUGGCUCCAAAUCAUCCUGAACUUGGACGAUUAUUCAAUACUCAAAUGCGAAAGAAUUUACAACAUUUGAAAUAUCAGUUGCUUGGUCGUUAUUAUUUUGAUCAGAGUGCUAUUUCAGAAAUAGCUCAAUAUAAUUUGCAGAUUUGGCAGGGUGUCAUUACUUCUAUCCGAACUUAUGAGGAAAAAUUGAUGAUGUGUGUGGAUACUAUUUCUAAGGUGGUUAGAAAAGAGACAGCCAUGAAUAUCAUAACACAGUGUUUUAAUGAGAGCAGGGGAGGAGACUUUAAAGAUGAAGUAUCACGAAACUUGGUGGGCCAAAUUGUAAUGACAAAUUACAACAAUAGAACCUACCUUAUUGAAGAUAUAGAUUGGAGCUUGAAUCCUUCUAAAACAUUUGAAACUAAAGAAGGACCUAUAUCAUAUGUACAAUACUAUAAGAAGCAAUACGAAAUUGACAUUAAGGACCACAAACAGCCUUUAAUGCUCUGCAAGUCUAAGGAAAGAGAAAUUCGACGUGGUGCCAGCAUGCAAAAAAAUUGUUACUUGGUUCCUGAGUUAUGUUGCAUGACAGGGUUGACUGAUAGAAUGAGAUCUAAUUUCACCAUGAUGAAAGAGCUUGCAAAUACAACAAAGUUGGAUCCUGGCCAGAGAGUUCGCAAUUUGCAACAGUUUAUGGGUAAAAUUAACACGCAUCCAGAUAUUUCCAAAGAAAUGAAUGACUGGGGAUUAAAGUUUUCAAGUGAUUUGGUAAAAUUUCAAGGUAGAAUUAUGCCAGAAGAAAAGAUCUGCCAAGGUUCAUAUACUUAUGGCUAUCAACAGCGAACUGGGGAUUUUUCAAAAGAAAUGAGAGGUAAAGCAAUGCAUGUUCCUUUCAACCUAGAUAAUUGGAUUGUUAUUUGUACCAGAAUGGAUCUUCCAAAAGCUCAAGAUUUCCUUACCAAUUUGUAUAAAGUAUGUCCACCUAUGGGCAUGAGAGUGAACAAACCAAUAUUAGUACCUAUCGAACAAGAUCGCAUCAACCUCUAUUUAGAUGCUUUCAAACAUAACUUCCAAAGAAAUGUUACUUCUAUGGUUUGUUUCAUUGUGCCUAAUAACAAAAAAGAAAGAUAUGAUGCCCUUAAAAAGCACACGUGCCUUGAAAAUGCAGUUGCCAGUCAGGUUGUGGUUGCAAGAACUCUUAGCAAGAAACCUAUGUUGAUGUCUGUUGCCACUAAAAUAGGCAUUCAAAUAAAUGCUAAACUUGGUGGGGAACCAUGGGCUGUUGAAAUUCCAUUCAAGAUGAGGAUAAUGAUCAUUGGUUAUGAUACUUACCAUGAUUCAGCAAAGAAGGGUCGUUCUGCUGGUGCUUUUGUUGCUAGUAUUAAUCAAAGUUUAACUAGAUGGUAUUCAACUGUAACAUUCCACUCCUCAGGGUUUUCUGAAGAGCUGUCAAAUCAUGUGAGAAUGAAUUUCACAAAAGCUUUAAAACAGUACCAACAGGUCAAUAAAUGUCUCCCAGAUUGUAUUAUAUACUAUCGUGAUGGUGUUGGUGAUGGUCAAAUCAAGUAUGUAAUGGAACUGGAGGUUAAACCAUUCGAGGAUGUGAUAAACAGCUCUAUGGCUGGUAGAAAUACACGCUUUGCUUUCAUUGUUGUGAACAAGAAGAUAAACCCUCGUUUUUUCCACGCUACAAAUAAUGGUUACACAAACCCUCCUGCUGGUACAGUUAUAGACAACACAGUAACUCGUCAUGACCGUUAUGAUUUCUUCUUGGUAUCACAAAGUGUAAGACAAGGGACAGUUGCACCUACUAUGUACAAUGUCAUUAAAGAUUACAGCAAUUUAAAACCAGAACAUAUGCAGCGUCUUUCAUACAAAUUGACUCAUAUGUAUUUUAACUGGCCAGGAACUAUAAGAGUACCAGCACCUUGUCAGUAUGCCCACAAACUGGCAUUUUUGUCUGGCCAGCAUCUCCAUCAGGAACCACAUCCAGAUUUGUGUGAUAAACUGUUUUAUCUCUGAACUUUGCAAUUCAUCUGGAUCAUCAUAUGUCAUAGCUAAAGAGAUGCUAUUUUUUUAAUUUCUCUCAUUUGUGUUCAUUUUUUGUUAUAUACUUUUUUUUUAUGAAUAUCGUGGAAGAUUGUCCUUUCAGUGUAAAGGGUGUACUGUAAGUUUAAAAAUAAAUCUAUUUUUACUGUU